AUGUUCGGUGUCAUAACCUGCCUAGCGCUGUCAUGUAAAGAUCGUAUUCUUUCGUCGGCAGGUCAACCCGCUACAUUUGACACAAGUGAAAGUGCAAAAACAUCAUGUACUAAUGGGAUACGUCUGAACUACACCUUGCCCAUGUUCACCGAGUGUGGGACUAGACAACACCCAACUGAUUGUGACAAACAACCUUGUGAAAACGGCUGGUGUGAAGAGACUAAGAAAGGGUACAGAUGUCACUGCCCGACGGGAUUUCAAGGAAGGCAGUGUAAUGAAGGAUCUGUUCAUGGUUCGAAUAAUACAAAGACAUUUUCGAUAACGACUCCAACUUCAACAUCGGAAUCAGUGACUGGUGGUAGGCCCAAGCAAGAAUCAGGAGGUAUGGUCUUCGUGACAGACCCAAAAGCGGAGAAAAUCUUUGUUGCAGAGCUACAGGAUGAAUUACUGUUCACUCCCAUCGCAUCUACAUUGCGACCACGUGGAAUAACGUACGAUCCGGUAUCAAAGAAGAUCUACUGGACUGAAGGGCAAGUGAGACGUAUUGUUCGAGCAGACAUUAAUGGUUCCAACAUCGAGAUUGUCACGAAGUUUUCUUCCAGUCAAUACCGUCCAGGACUGGACGACAUUGUCGUUGCAGUAAAUUCCAGAACCCUCUACGUUGCUUGUCGACGGGUGAAUAGAAUAUCAUCAGUAUUGAUCGCAGAGGGCAGUCCUUUACCAUGGAAUCAAACAAAUUUCUUAACGGAAGGAAUCGUCUGGCCCAGGGCUUUGGUUGUGGACGAAGAGCAGGGGUACUUAUACUGGUCGAUGGAAAAUACAAUAGCACGGAAAUUUCUGAAUGGAUCAGGACAGAUUGAAGUGAUCUAUAUGAAUGACGAGCUGCAGAAUUUCACUGGGCUAACCAUUGACAUCAGAAGUUCGGACUAA